AUGGAAUUAAUUAGGGUGUGUUUGGGAAAUACCAAAAGAGGAGGGCAAUUUAAGUCUUCUUACAUCUGGCCCUGGCACAACUACCUCCAUGGACGACCCCAGAUGAAGCUUAUGCUUUUGGUCAAGCCACUUGUUCUUUCCACAAUCACACUGAGCAUCGCCAUUUUCAUCGUGCUUCUGUUCCCCAAAAACCCAUCUUUUCGAGAGGCUGAUCCCAUGGCUCGAAGCUUUGUUCUGUGGCUUCAUGGUCUCGGAGACUCUGGUCCUGCCAACGAACCCAUUAAGACCCUCUUCACUUCUCCCGAGUUCAGAAAUACAAAAUGGCUGUUCCCUUCUGCGCCUUCGAAUCCAGUCACUUGCAACUUCCAGAUAAUGGCAAAAGCUGUGAAACAGUGAUCUCAUUGCUGCCCUGAAUGGUCAAAAACAGCCCUUUUUACUGUUUCUUUC